AUGCCAUCCCCAGAAGAUGCCAGCACAUCCUCUGCAACUCCAGAGGCUCAGAAACACACAUUCAAGUCUCUAGGUCUCAUUGAUCCUCUCCUCGAAGCCCUCGAACAAGUCGGAUACAAGUCGCCUACCGAAAUCCAGUCCGAAUCUCUGCCUCAUGCACUCGAAGGGCGCGAUAUCAUCGGUGUAGCAGAAACAGGUUCAGGAAAAACAGCAGCUUUUGCUUUGCCUAUCUUGCAGAAACUAUGGGAGGAACCGAAGGGCCUCUUUGCCUGCGUUCUUGCACCCACUCGUGAAUUGGCGUACCAGAUCUCGCAGCAGUUUGAAGCUCUCGGUGCCGCCAUGGGAGCUCGAUGUGCUGUUAUUGUUGGAGGAAUGGACCUACCUACACAAGCUAUCGCGCUUGCAAAACGUCCACACGUCGUGGUUGCAACCCCUGGUCGACUGCUACAGCAUCUGGAAGAAACAAAAGGGUUCAGUCUACGGACGUUGAAAUUCUUGGUUCUUGACGAAGCAGAUCGAUUGCUUGACAUGGAUUUCGGACCUGCGAUCGACAAAAUUCUCAAACUCAUUCCCAAGGAGCGAACGACAUAUCUUUUCUCCGCUACUAUGACCUCCAAGGUCGCAAAACUUCAGAGAGCCAGUUUGGUUAACCCAGUACGGGUGGAGGUUUCUGGAAAAUACCAAACCGUCUCAACGUUGCUCCAACACUACCUCCUCGUCCCGCUAAAAGACAAAGUCGUCAUGCUGAUAUAUCUCGCCAACUCUCUCGCUCAAAACUCUAUAAUCAUCUUCACUCGAACUGUCCGCGACGCCAGAUUACUCUCAAUCAUCCUUCGAACACUCGGAUUCCCCGCUGUUCCUCUCCACGGCCAACUCAGCCAAAGUCAGCGGUUAGGCGCACUCGGAAAAUUCAAGAGUGGAGGUCGCAAGAUCCUCGUUGCUACUGACGUUGCCAGUCGAGGUCUCGACAUCCCUUCAGUAGACGUCGUGAUCAACUACGACAUCCCCACCCACUCAAAGGAUUACAUCCACAGAGUAGGACGAACAGCCCGUGCAGGCCGAGCCGGAAAGGCCAUCACCCUUGUCACGCAAUACGACGUCGAGCUCCUCCAGCGUAUCGAGAAAGUCAUUGGCAAGAAAAUGGACGCAUGGCCCACGGACGAUGAAGAAGUUUUGUUGCUCAAAGAGCGGGUUUCUGAAGCCGAGCGGUUGGCGGUGAAUGAGAUCAAGGACCAGGAUAUGAAGGAAGGAGGUGGGAAGAAGAGGCGGAGGGGUGGAGAGGGCGGAGGUGCGGAUGACAGGGAUAGGGACGAUGAUGUUGUGGAGGCGGGGAUGCCUACCAAACACAAGAAGACGAAGAGAAGAUGA